CCCGCGCAUUGAUCCACUGUGCAAUUUUUGUGGGGCAAAAUAUAAUCACGUGUUGCUAAGGCAGCCAAUUGCAGCUGGGGAAGCUUUGAGAAAUAAUUACCUGCGUUGAUUGUUCUAUGGGUAGAUCAAAAAAAAGUACACACACUCCAUAUAAUAAUCGGAUGCAUGUAAAAGAGAACGGAACCAUCGACAUGUCGACCACGGGUCCCAUAAGUAAUUAUUAUGUGGAUUCCUUGAUACACCAUGAAAGCGAGGAUGUUCUUGCGGCUCGAUUCUCGGCUCCUGGUUCGCACUCCACCGGCCCUCGUCCAACGUCCCUUAUACCGGAGUGUGGUGACUAUCCGUCCUGCAGCUUUUCCCCGAAACCACCCGUGUUUACUACCUCUUGGGCCCCUGUUCACUCCCAGUCCUCAGUGGUUUACCACCCAUACAGCCACCAACCUCAUUUAGGAACGGACUCAAGGUAUGUGCGGUCAUGGCUAGAGCCGAUCUCGGGGACCAUGUCCUUCCCUGGCUACCCAGCCAACGGCAGACACUAUGGGCUGAAGCCCGACGCCUUCCAGGAGCAUCGAGCCGGUGACUGCCUCGCCUCCAACGGACGCAACUACACGGAUUAUCUCUACUGCACCUCCGCUGACAUUCGAGAAAAGAACCAAACGAACAUCCCUUCUCCCGAGACCGAGCUUUUGGCUUCCGGAAAGCAUAAAGACGAGAAACCAGAAUUAGACCCAAAUAACCCAGUGGCAAAUUGGAUUCACGCGCGUUCUACAAGGAAGAAGAGGUGCCCUUAUUCAAAAUACCAGACUCUCGAACUUGAAAAGGAGUUUUUGUUCAAUAUGUACCUUACCAGAGACCGUCGAUACGAGGUGGCAAGAGUCCUCAACCUCACUGAGAGGCAGGUCAAAAUAUGGUUCCAGAACCGGCGGAUGAAGAUGAAGAAAAUGAACAAGGAAAAAACCGACGCCAACAAAGAACAAUAAUAAAGGAAUUGUUACAAAAACGUCAUCAGACAAAAACAAGCAUCAGACAACAGUAAAAUAACCACUAUUGCCAUGGACAACAACAAAGAUAAACCAAAAUACAUUAUGCUCACUUCUUAAUGUUGGAUUUUGGGUUGGCUUUAGUUUUUGCAUUAACCCCACCUUCCAUGUUUGUUGCGAAAUAUUUUUUGUUUUAUAUGCUCUCCUUUCUUUGUCCAGUUUUAAACGAACCCCUUUCCAAGAAAAUAAAACACUCUGCACUUACUUUGAAGAUACAUGUAUGUGUUUCUUUGUUAUAAGGGACAUUUGAAUUAAUGAUAUUUUGGACAAAUUAAAAACUGCCCCGAAGUAGGCCUAUAAGAAAGAGAAUACUUGAAUUGUUUUAAUUUCUUCACUCCAUAAUUUAUGAUGUCCCUGUGAAUGUUUCUUCCAUGUUUGUUCAUUUUCUAUGCUAUGGGUGUAGUAGCACAUUUUAUACAGAAAGAGAACAUCUGCCGUCUUAACAAAAUGUCUGUCUUGCGUCUAUGUGGUAACGUAACCGUUUGGUGUACCUAAUUGUGCAUUUCAUAUUCAGUCGAUUGUAUAGGCACGUUUCAUUCAUUAUGUACGUGUAGAUAUAGGCCUACUCAAAUAUAAACAUUACCACGAGGCUC